UAUGUAAACAACUGAUUUUGGAUCCUGUUAUCAAAAGUCAACAUGUGAUAAAGUUAACCAAAUUUGAUCUUAUUAGGUCAAAAUUGAAAAUGACAGUUGUAAAAAGUAAAACUGAGGUGUCCAGGACAUCAAGUAAGAUAGGAUGUGCAAAGAUAUGUAUAGCAGCAGUAAUGUUUUUAGCGUUUUACAUUGUAUCAGAAUUGAGGUCUUCAGAUAGUCACAAUGUAGUAAAGUUGGACCAAAACCAACUGCAGCAUAGUAAAUUCUCCAUGAGAAGUUUAAUGGGGGAUAAUGAUACUGAGUGUAGAGAAGUAAGAAAGACAAACCAUAGUGACCAAUGUGAUUUUAUAAAGAACACAGAUGAUUGUGCCUUAGACGAGGGUUUUAUUGAUUACUUAAAAUUUACAUAUUGCAACUUUAAUUCUUCUCUUAGACCCCUGGCAUUAAUUAUUUUGUUUGUGUGGUGGGUUUUCUUAUUCAUUGGACUUGCUGUCACUGCAGAUGAUUACUUUUGUCCGUCAUUAACAGUUAUAUCAAAGACCCUUCAUCUUAGUCACAAUAUAGCAGGUGUAACAUUUUUAGCCUUUGGUAAUGGUGCUCCUGAUAUAUUUUCUGCCAUAGCUGCUGUUGGUAAUGCUAAGAAUGGGGAUGCAGGUCUGGCUUUUGGUGCUUUACUUGGUGCUGGUGUUUUUGUGACCACUGUGGUUGCAGGAACAAUAGCAAUAAUCUGUCCAUUUGAUGCCAUGCAGAGACCAUUUCUACGGGAUGUCAUAUUUUAUUUAUUAGCUACGUUUCUCACAUUUACAGUCUUAUGGCAAAAAGAAAUCGGAAAAAUUGAAGCCAUAGGUUAUAUUUUGCUGUACGUUCUCUAUGUCCUCAUUGUUGUGAUUGGUAGAUAUUUCUAUCAAAAGACAAAGAAAACAACAGUUUUGGCAGAAAUUACAGUUUCUCCUGAAGAUGCAGACAAUUACGACGAAAGUUAUCCUAAUUCUGUAGAGACUAGUCGUGAAGAUUUAGGUGAAGGAAAACCAUUGCUACCACCAAGAGAAGACAGAGAACCUGGUACCCCAUUUGAAGAAUUUUUAUCUGCCAUUAACCCUAUAGAUGUGGACGAGUGGUCAGACAUGAAGUGGUAUGCUAAAGGAUAUGAAGUAUUCAAGUUAUCAGCCAUUAACCCUAUAGAUGUGGGCGAGUGGUCAGACAUGAACUGGUAUGCUAAAGGAUAUGAAGUUUUCAAGAGUCCAUUAGUAUUCCUCCUGAUUAUAACCAUUCCUGUCGUAGAUUACAGAGAGGAGAACCAUAACUGGAACAGAUAUCUAAAUUCAUUACAGAUUUUUACUGGAUUUACAUUUGGUGCACUUGCCACAAAAGUUGGUUUAGAGACUAUUGGAGGUUCAUUCCCUGUAUGGGUAUUGUUGAUGGUUAUUGGUUUGAUAUUAUCCAUUGCUGUGUUCUGUACGUCAAAAAAUGAUGUCCAGCCUGUAUAUCAACCAGUGUUAGCCUACCUGGGUUUUGUUUUAGCUGUUGUAUGGAUCUAUAUCAUAGCAAAUGAAAUAGUUAAUAUAUUACAAACAUUUGGUAUUGUGUUCAACAUCAGUGAUGCCAUAUUAGGGUUAACCUUAUUAGCGUGGGGAAAUAGUAUCGGAGAUUUAAUAGCAGAUACAGUGAUGGCCAAGCAAGGUUUCCCAAGAAUGGGUAUGUCAGCUUGUUUUGGUGGACCAUUGUUUAAUUUAUUAUUAGGUAUUGGUAUACCAUUUACCAUAGGUACAAUUAAAAAUGGUGGUACAUAUAAGAUAAAGAUAACAGUGGAGGAAGUAGUUUUAGUAUCGUUUUUAAUGUUAAGCCUUCUUACCUCCCUUGUUGUGGUGCCAUUAUCAAAGUUUCGUAUGUCCAAGCCGUAUGGAAUACUUUUAAUAGUUGUUUACAUUGUCUUCCUCAUUGUGGCAAUUCUGGCUGAAACAGGAACUAUCACAGGUGACAUCAAUCCAUAACAUAUUAACCAUGACAACUAUUUAGUUUACUUUCUGACUGUGAUAAGAAAUUCAGUUACGACAUCUAUUUAUAGACUUUUUUAUUUCCAUGACAACAAAACUGCUUAUAUGCUUUCUGUGAUAUUAGUUUAUUGGGUAACAUUGUUCCGUACUUCUUUGUAGUUUCUAUGACAACAAUAAUGUAUAUAUGAAAUUUGUUUUUUACUGUGAUAUUUAAUUGCAAGUGAGUCAGUGACCCUUGGCUUUCUG